AUGGCAAGUCAUCUCAUCCGGCCUGUAAGGCAAUUGCUCGCCUUUCCAACAAGACACCUACGGGCACCGGCCCAACGGCGAUGGGCCCAGGUUCACGAUGUGCGAUUCCUUGCGACCGCCGAGCCCCCGAGGGCCGUCAUCGAGAGGUAUCGGGAGAAGCUCGACCAAAAGGCAAGGGAGCAGGGCUAUGGCGAUUUGGAGGAGCUAAAAACGGCAUACUCUGAAAAGAUUGCCACCGUUCGCCAAAAGAUGCCGUCCCCGAUUCGCUCAAGCCUCCUCGCCGAGCUCGUCGAGCGAAUCCUCGUCCGCAGCGACGCCCGAAUCCACACCCCCGAGCAGCCCCUCGGGCACACCCUCGAAAUUCGCCUCCACGGAACUCAUAGCCAUCUGGCGCCUCCGCCACGCCCACGACCCGCUGACCCUUUGCGCCGCGAUUCCCGCCGCCACCUACGCGGCCAUGGAGGCUGCCGCGCGCUCGGCCCCCAGUUCGUGCUGCCCGUCCCUCAUCCGGAGCAGGGAGCCGAAAUCCACUUCCUCCAAUGGACCUUUGACGCCGCGUCCAACACGAGCACCGUUCUGUUUACCCAGCUCGCCGAGUACAAGGCCCGCGGCGAGUUCGCGCAGCCGCAUACGACCAUUACUCACCACAAGGACCUCCUAGACGAGAGGGGCCUCGUCCUCAUGCAGGGGCAGGUCGUUGAGAACAGGGGAGCCAAGGUGGAGGAUGCUAGGUUCCUCGUCCUGUGUCUGCAAAAGUUUUACGGUGCCUGGGAGGAAUCCGGCCAACCUCGCGCAGAACGAAAGCAACUAUUAGACUGGCGCUUCAUUCUCGUCAUCAUGCCGUUGACGUCUCCGUACCCAGACGUGCCGCUCCCGCAUAUCGAUCUCUGGAGCUUCCUUUACGAACGUCAGGAUAUCGAGUUCGGACCCGACCAUGGGCCUAAAGAGUCAAUGGAACUGGCAAAAGGGGACAUCCUGGCGCUUUACGCGCCAAAUAGCAUUGACACGCCUGUUGUGAUGCUCGGGACCCACUGGGCCGGGGGCAUCAUCUGCCCGGCCAACCCUCUGUAUACCGCGGGUGAGCUAGCCCACCAGCUCAAGGAUUCCAAAGCCUCCGCUAUCGCGACACAACUGCCGAUGCUGCCCAUUGCGAGAGAGGCCGCUGCCGCAGUGGGAAUCCCCGAGAAUCGCAUCAUCCUCAUCGGCGAUACGCGAGAUGAGACGAACCACUUCAAGCACUGGACGCAAAUCACAGACCAGAAUCUCCUCUUCACUCCAAAGAGGACAAAGAUAGAUCCUGUCAAGGACCUUGCCUUUAUCGUGUAUAGUUCGGGAACGACUGGCCUCCCCAAAGGUGUUGUUUUGACACACUUCAAUGUUGUCGCAAAUAUGGCCCAGAUCAAGCACUUUGAUUUCAGAUACCUUAACUGGGCCAAGGACGUUCAGCUUGGAGUAUUGCCUUUCUUCCACAUAUAUGGUUUGGCCAUCAUCAUCCUCGGCGGCAUGAAUGCGGGGAUUCAGACCGUCGUCAUGCCCAAAUUCGACCUGGAACGGUUUUGUCAGCUUGUCCAGGAGCACAAGAUUUCCGUCACCUACGUGCCACCGCCCAUUGUACUCGGGCUGGCGAAGCACCCCCUUGUGUCCAAGUACGACAUGUCGUCGAUUCGGUUCCUCAACUGCGCCGCUGCCCCGCUCACUAGGGAACUCGUGGAGGAGCUGUGGCAAAGGCUGAAGAUCCCCGUUAAGCAGGGCUACGGUCUUUCGGAGACGAGCCCUGCCGCGGUCCUCCAGAUGCUUGACGAGUUUGGAAAGUUUGUGGGGUCCGUUGGCAAGCUGAUCCCCAACAUGACAGCCAAGAUCAUCGACAGCGAGGGCAACGAGGUCACAAAGGCGGGCGAAGUCGGGGAACUUCUUUUGAAAGGACCCAACGUAUUCAGCGGAUAUCUCAACAAGCCGGAACAAAACAAGGAAAUCUUUACCGAGGACGGCUACUUUAAGACGGGCGAUAUCGUGUAUCGCGAUGACAAGGACAACUUCUACGUAACUGACAGGGUUAAAGAACUGAUCAAAUUCAAUGGAUUUCAAGUCGCGCCUGCCGAGCUCGAGGGAAUGCUUCUCGGGCGAGAGGACACCCUCGACUCCUGUGUAAUCGGCGUUUGGGAUGCGGAGCGACAGACCGAAGUGCCCAGGGCCUACGUUGUGAUGAGACCGGGUAUCGCCAAGAACGACGCUCUUGUCCAGGAAAUAACCGACUGGCUUGCGAAGCAGACGGCGCCGCACAAGAAGCUGCGGGGUGGCGUUCGUUUCAUCGACGCCAUCCCCAAAUCCCAAGCGGGUAAGAUUCUCCGUAGGGUCCUGAAAGACCAGGUGAAGCAGGAGGAGGAGGCGGCCAAAGACAAGGCAAAGUUGUAA